UGCAGAGAGAGAGAGAGAGAGAGAGCGAGAGAGAGAGCGGAGGGGAAAGCUGAGCUCAAGCGAAAGAAGGUUAGCCAGCAGCGAGUGAAGAAAAUGGCGAUCAUGCAGGACGAAUUCCUCCCCUCGUAGACGCUGCAAACGCGUUGAAAUUCUUGUAGCCUUACAGCCGGCUUUCCUUUCCACUCGGUUGCACUUUAUACUUCAAUGAGAGAUUUGGAAUCGAAAGCUGUUGCCACCAAAGAAGCAUCGAAACAGGGAACGUACCCACAGAGGGAAGAACAGUGGAUGGAAGAGAGAGAGAGAGACGGAGAUUGUGACGAGGACGGAGGAUAAGAACACACUGGUCAAAAGUGCCAGAUAAGACCAAGUCAAGGCAGAGUCCUCAGUCUUAACCACCCCAGCUCCCCCCUCCCCUCAACCCACAUUGAACACGUAAAUACACACAUACAGACACACAAACCCAAAACGCAUACACAUUCAGUCUUCAGCAAUGCCAAGAGGGCCCGAUCAGCCUGCUGCCUGCUCUGACAAGCCCCGCCUCUUCACCUCGGACACCUGAGGCCGCACUCCGAGCUUUGACCUUUUUUGCCUGCCCUCCGUCGACCUGGGAACCAAAGGUCACCUCUUCUCCGCUCUGCCCGGAGACGGCCUCCUGUCAAGACAGGAGCCGCAGCCUUGCGCCGCACUCACAGGCAUGGCUCCCAUUCGGGAUUCCGUCAGCCACUCCCCUAAUCAAACAGGUCUGGAGCACCCUGGUCUGGACUCUCAGUAUGAGCCUUCCCCCUGGUCCUCUGGCUCUCCCUGCAGCAGUGACGGCAACAGCAACUGGAGCAAAGUCCUAGUGGACGGAAGCGCAGACAAAACCAACAACCCUUCUUCAACGAACUCCUCCGUCUGGCCUCCGCCCUCCUCUUCAUUCUCGUGCUCCUCCUCGUCUUCCUCUUCGGGCUGCGGGUCAGGAUCAGACCCCGAGUUGGCAUCAGAAUGCAUGGACGCAGACUCUAGCUCCUCGAUUAGCUCCGAAAAAAACCUUGACGCUGUGACAACAGUGAUGAUGAUGUCAGCAAAUGCUCCUUCCUCUGUGUCUUCUACUGCUUCUCCCUCUUCUAUUGUGACUUCCGCCAUGAUUGUCGGCGUCUCGGUAAAUGGAGACAGCAACGGCAACAGUCGUCAGGUACUUGGUGGAGGAAUCGGAACCAUCAGCGGUGCAAAUAAUGGAAAUAACACCACCGGGUCCUCUCACUACUCAGUGGCGGGAUCCAGCAGUAUUGGCAGCAAUAACCACCACAACAAGCCCGUCGGUAACAGUGGUGUAUGGGGCAGCAACAUGAUAACCACAAGCGGAAGCACCCCCUGCAUCAACGGAGGGUCAAAUCCAAACACUUUAAAUCCAAAUGCCAACCACGGUGCCUGGCCGCAGAAUCCAACCCCAAGCCCCGUGUCCCAGGGCCAACGGCCUCCACAGGCUCAGGGGAUGACCUCCAAACUGGGUGUAGCUCCCCAACAGAGCCCCGUGCUGGGCUGGGGUGGCAUGUCCGCUCCAAACAGCAGCAGUAUGAUGGAAGACACUGAGGUGAAUAAUGGUACAGCAAGCAGCAAGGUGUUAGCGAGCAGCAACAGCGGGAACGGUGGCCUCCAGCCUACCAACCGCAACACUGAAUCAAAUGGACCAAAUAACACUAUUAUGAUGAAUACUACUACGACUACUACUACUAACGCCACAAUGACCUCUACUCCACCAAACUCUACCGCCUCACCCCAACUCAGCGGGGAUUGUUCCUGGGGCUCUGUUGGAGGGAAUGGGGUGCCACUGGCCAAUGGAAACCCCAUAUCAGCCCACCCACAAGGAGAGAUGGGCGGUCCCGGGGCCUUCGCUACACCGUGGGGUGCAACUACCUAUCCUGGAGACAAAGGCACCCCAAAUGCAGACACUGUGAACCCCCAAAAUCCUGCCUUACUGCAGGCUGGGAACCCCCAAAUGUCCUCUCCUGCUGCUUAUAAGAGUAAUAAUAACCACAAUAACACUGGGGCCCCACGCUGGGACCAGGGGCCCGUCAGUAACCCAAACCAGCCCCAGAGCAGCUCGUCCUGGGGUACCGGCUCAAAUCAAAUCCCAGGCUCUGCAGGCCAAACGCCAGCAAAUGGGAACCAAACUACGAUGGGCCCUCCAGCAGGGAUACCUCGACCCUGGGGGAGCAGCGCGUCGUCCUCGUCCUCGUCAUCGUCGUCCUCCUCCGCGACGAACAAGGCGCCAAAUGGAGAAUGGGGAUCAGUACCUGCUGGUAACAACCAUUUAGAUCCUGGCAGUCAUAAAGGAAGCUCUGCCAACAAUGGCUGGAAGAGCCUGGAAGAUGACGCCAUGGGCAUGGGAGGAGGCGGUGGAAGCGGAAGCCAUAGCCCGGCCGGUGUCACUGGAGGCUGGGGUCGCACUGGAGGGAGUGAAGGAAGCGGAGAGAGCUCCGGAGGCCGAUCCAGCUCCGACAGAGACGGAAGCCAGCCAAAAGGAGGAAAUCGCAGAAAAGUUAUCAGUCCUGCUACAGCUCAACCAGCUGUGCCCCAGAGCGACGUGGACCCGAGGGUUCUGUCCAACACUGGAUGGGGACAGACACCCAUACGACAGAACACCACCUGGGACGUCAAUUCGUCUGCCAAUAAUCGACUCCAAGGACACAGAGGAGACGAAAGGAAGCACGGCAGCGGAGGCCCCGGAUGGGGAACAGGAACACAGGCAGCUCCCUCUCAGACCUCCGGAGGUUGGGGGGUUGGGCCGGGGAGCUCAGGCCAGGGAGGUUCUGGCUGGGGAGAGCGGCCGACCUCCGGGUGGGACAGCAAAGCCCCAGCCAGUGGAGGAGGUGGGCAGAGCAGCUGGAACGAUGGAUCCAGUUACAGGGGGAGCAGCAACAACAGCAGCAACACCUGGAGCAAUAACAUAAACAAAGACGAAAGGUCCAAUACGUGGACUAAUGCGCCCAAACCUCAGCAGGGCUGGGAUUCCAAUAGUGGAAAUGGCAAUGAACGCUGGAGUAAUGGUGGCGAUGGCCACAGAGGAGGGGGCAGAAACCACUGGGGGGGGGAGCCUCAAAAAGGCACCAACUCAGUGGGCUGGGACAACGACCGGUCAGGUUCUGGAUGUUGGAGUGAGCCAAACCGAACCAACAACACCACCAGCAGCAGCAGCGGCAACAACACUUGGGCCGGCAGCGGAGGCUCAAAUACCCCAGACAAGAGCACGCCGAACGCCGGCUCCAACUGGGGCGACGCAGUCCACAAACCCAAUCCUCAGGGUAGCAGCCAGGGCUGGGGAGAGCCAAUGAAUAAGAGCAACCACGGAGCCCACAACUGGAGCGAGCCCAUUUCCAAGCCCUCCAACGAGUGGGGGAAAGGUCCUGAAUCCACCAUGUCGACAGGAAAUCAAGUCCCUAACAAGCCCACUGGCUGGCUGGGAGGCCCAAUACCAGCAGUAGGUACGAAGGAGGAAGUGUCAACUGGGUGGGAAGAGCCGUCUCCUGAGUCUGUUCGGCGAAGGAUGGAGAUCGAUGACGGGACAGCAGCUUGGGGAGACCCUGGUAAAUACAGCGGGGGAGGUGCCAGUAAGCGGAGCAGGCCCGGCCCGUCAGACCAGGAGGCCAUGGGCCCACCCGCGCAGCACCAGCCCCACCCAUCACGCAACUCGAUGCAUCCUCUGCAACCCAUGCAGCCGCAUGCUCAAGACAAAAGCUCCAGUUCCACUUGGGGUGAGCCUUUCCCCCAGAAGGAGUCCUCCACGUGGGAGCCUGCCCCCGCGCCGCCUGUUAAAGUGGACAACGGGACGUCUGCCUGGGGGAAGCCCAUGGACACCAGCUCCACCUGGGAAGAGCCCAGCAGGGUUACCCGAGAGCCGGGGCCCGGCUGGGGCGGCCAGCAGCAUAAGUCCGCUCCAGGUCCUAAGCCCAUGGAGACGUGGGGCGGCGAGGAGGCGUCAAUGGGCAACAGCUGGGACCAGGAGGAGGAGGUGGAGAUCGGCAUGUGGAGCAACAACCAACAAGACAACAGGUCUCAUGACCAAAACACCUGGAACUACAAGCAUAAAUGCUCCAACAAGAUUAACAGACCAGUCAACAAACAGGAUGAACCCUGGAUGAAACCUUUCAUCAACCAAUUCAGCGGCCUGAACUUCCCUAGAGACUCUCCUGACGACUCCAUGAAGACGGGAGCAGGGAUGGGGCAGGACAAGCGCAUGGACAUGGGCGGCAUGGGAGACUACAAUGGACAAAUGGGCAAGAACCCCUCUCGUCAGCAGCUGCACAAGGAGUCUGCUAUGGACCGCAGCCCCUACUAUGAGAAGCAGUCAGUUUCCCCAUCUGCUUACAAUAACCCACCUUUUGAUGAGCUCUCCUCCAAUCAAAGCAUGAGCUUUUCCCCUUCCAACUGUCUUGACUCUGGCUCGUCUCCUAGUCACCGUAGUCCUGGGGGCACUCGACAGAAUGUAAACCCUAUGAUGGGUGGCAGCAGCGUAGCACAGGGCCGAGGUGGCCCCCAGUCCCAGAUCCCCCCCCAACCCAACCUCCGUAACCAAGUGCCUCCACCCAUCCUGCCCUCUCAGGUGCCUCCAUCUCUGUUGAAGUACCCCGGAGGUAACGGAAGUCUGAACCCUCUGUUUGGCCCUCAGCAGGUGGCUGUGCUCAACCAAAUCUCCCAGCUGUCACAGCUCAACCAGAUCACCCAGUUACAGCGUCUUCUCUUCCAGCAGCAGCAGCAGCAGAAAGCUCAGAGCCAGCGGGCCAUGCCUGUGGGACGGCCGGCUGAACAGACGCGUCCUAUUGGUUCUCCGUCGAUGAUGCAGCCCCCGCGGCACCUGGACCCCUCCCUGCUGAAACAGGCCGCCGCCCACAAACCGUACCUGGAUAACUACUUGUCCCACAGCGCUGAGAUGCAGAAGGACGCUCUCGGAUCCUUCAGCAAUUUCCCUUUAAGCUUGAACCCUAACCUGAAUGUACCGCUGGACAUGGGUGGCGGCGGAGCUGUGAGCUACAAAGAGCCGCCCCAGUCCAGACUGAAGAAACUGUGGGCCACUGAUCCUCUGGAGCAGAACAGCAAACCUGGUGCUAUGUCGUCUGGGCUGCGUCUGGAGGACUCUCCCUUCUACGACUUCCUGUCUCCUGGCGCAUCGUCCCUGAGUCCUCCCGGCCAAUCACUGGGCUCGGUGGGCGAUGGCUGGCCGCCCCGUGCCAACUCCCCCCCGCCCCAUGGAAACACUGUCACCUGGCCCCCAGAGUUCCGGCCCGGUGAGCCUUGGAAAGGUUACCCCAACAUUGACCCUGAGACUGACCCUUACAUGACCCCCGGCAGUGUCAUCAACUCCCUCUCCAUCAACACCGUCCGUGACACAGACCACCUCAGGGACAGGAACAACGGGCAAUCCUCAUCACUGAACACCAUGAUGCCUUCUACCAGUGCCUGGUCAUCCAUUCGUGCCUCCAGCCACAGCGGUUCCCUCACCAGUACAGCACAAAGCACUUCAGCCAGACCCAGUGAGUCAAAGUGGUCUCCCGGCGGCGGCUCUGUGUCCAACUCCUCCCUGGCCCAUGAGCUGUGGAAGGUCCCCCUGACUCCCAAGGCGCACUCAGUGGCGGCCCCCUCCAGACCACCGCCCGGCCUCACCAGCCAGAAGCCCAGCGCCGCCUCCUCCGGCUGGGACGGCUCUGCCCUGAGGCUGGGAGGUUGGGGCGCCUCUGAGUCCAGAUACACACCUGGUUCCAGUUGGGGCGACAGCAGCAGCAGCAGCUCAGGGAGAAGCCAAUGGCUUGUUCUGAAAAAUCUCACACCUCAGAUCGACGGCUCCACCCUGAGGACCUUGUGCAUGCAGCACGGCCCUCUGAUCACAUUCCACCUCAACCUGCCACACGGGAACGCCGUGGUAUGCUACAGCUCCAAGGACGAGGCCGCCAAGGCCCAGAAGAGCCUGCACAUGUGUGUUUUGGGGAACACUACUAUUCUGGCUGAGUUUGCCAGCGAGGAGGAAAUCAACCGUUUCUUUGCACAAGGGCAGUCACUGGCCACGCCCUCCUCGGGCUGGCAGACCGUCGGCUCCUCCCAGACCAGAAUGGAUCAGUCCCACAGCUUUCCCAGCCGAGCUCCUGAACCCAACCAGUGGAACAGCAGCGAGCUCCACAGCUCCUCCCUCUGGGGCGGGCCCAACUAUUCCAGUAGCCUGUGGGGGAACCCGGGUGGCACCGAGGCGGGGAGGAUCAGCAGCCCUUCUCCAAUCAGCUCCUUCCUCCCGGUGGAUCACCUGACAGGCGGCGGGGACUCCAUGUGAACCGCCUGCCAAUCAAACAGGCUCGAGGAAGGGUCAGUAGAGAAUUAUCAAUAAUCAGCAGAAAGAAAAAAAAAAAGUUUUUAAAAAACGCAGUGGCACUAGUCGGACUCUUUCUCACUUACAAGAUGUACAACAAACGGGGCGAGCCCUGUGGAAAACAAGUUACGUUUCUCUCUGCACAUAUGUCCACUUUGUUUUAGCCCAAAAACAUAUCAGUCGGAAUACUUGAAUCAUGCAGGCCAAUUCUAUAAUGUGAACGGAUGGAUAUUUGCUUCCAGGUAGUGCUCUUUCAGACCGAAAAAAGCUUCAAUCGAGCUCAUUAUUAUAUAUAUAUUUUUUUUUUCGUUUCAUUCGUCAUGUUUAUUUGAAUUCCAAUUCUUUUCAUUUAACUUUUUUUUCUUUUUUUUUUCUUUUUUGCAUUUGUUUGCUGACAAUGUUGGAGUAUGAGCUUUUUAAACUUUGCACUGAAUGUGGUUUUUUCUCAGUAUAUAUAAUCUGCAAUAUAGAGGGAGCAGCCAGUUUUUCCAGUGUAGCUGUUUACUCAUUGAGGUCCUUACCGUGUGUGUAUGUGUGUAUGCACGCGCACGUACGUGCGUGGAAGUACUCUGUGUGUGCGUGACUGAGUAUGUGUGCGCUCCUCUGCCUUGGCACGCCUACUUUACUGCGUUGUCGUUCAAGAUCAACAGAUAGUUAAAGAAUGAAAGCUGACUUAGGAGAAUUAUCUGGUGAUAGAAAAAGUGACAUUAAAAAGUAUUGCACCAAUUUUGUUUUAAGACUAAAGAACGUUGAGCUCUGCAGUGCAAAAGGACUGUAGCCGCAGCUGGGACUAGCAAGCCCCGCCUACCCAGGGUAGGGGGCGGGGUCUAUCUAGCAAGCCCUCCCACUAGCCCCCUAGUGGGCAGGGGGGAAACAGCACUUUCAGAAUAGGCUUUCAAUGUUUGGAGGUGCCACACUGCAACCUCUUGUUUACAAGACUUAGGAGGCGGAACGUGUGUUCAUUCUUCAUUUUAAAGAGAAGAUCGAAAUAAAAUACAAAAUACUCACAAAAAAAAAACAAAAAAUGAAAAAAUGUUUAAAAAAAACACAAAAAAAAAAAUUGAAAAAAAAAAAACUCUUAAGAAUGAAGACGAUGCUCUGUAACUCUGGGAAUUCGGAUCAGUGUUUUUGGCCAUGGCGUUGGUUAUUUGAACUAUUCCUCUUUGUCUGCUAAAUAACCAGCAAUGGUUCUCAGGAAAUCAAGCCAGUUUUCCCCCAUUUGUAGGUGAAUUAAAAAAAAACUACUACUCCUUGUAGGAAAGGAAAAUCCAACUUCUAGCACUGAACUAUGUAUAGGUCUGUAAGUUUUAUUUUCUCUGCCAAAUAACUGCUUUAAGCUGGAGAAGCUCAACACACUGCUUUCAAUAUGCUGUCUUUGAGGGACGGGGGAGGGAGGGGGGCUCCUAAUAUGGAGGGGUGCAGGACGCUCUCCCUCCUCCGAUGUGAGAGUCAGAAGUUGAGUGUUUAUUGUGCGAGUGUGACUGUCACGUCUGGUAACCAUGGCGACUGUAUCUAUGCAUACUGUAAACCUCUCACACGGCCCACCGAGAGCCGUCGUUUUUUCCCCCCGCGUCUCAAUGUUUUAAGCGUUUCAUUAAGUACAACAAAAUGCGAAAUAUUACCCUUUUUUUGUCUUUUUUUCUGUUAUUGCUCUAAUUGCCACAAAAGGUGUUUUGAAAAAAGGAAAGAAGAGAAACUUUAAAAAUAACCUGUUUGGGUUGAAGAUAAUAUUUUAACAGUGCAAAAGUCGUCCACAUUUCAUUGCCUUGAUCCUAAUUGUGUCCGAAGAUGCAACAAGUCAAGUGGCUUUUACCUGUUUACAAAUAGAAUAUGAUUGUAUCGUGCUGUUUAUUUUUCAUUUUUUCCUUUGAGUGAGGGGGGGUCGACUUAAGUACACGUGUGAAUAAUAGAAGUACACCUCCACCAGUGAUUGUUUAGUUACUAUGAUGCACAACUGUCGGGGGGAAACAAAAAGCUUCAGAGUGCCCCAACGAGAAGUCAGCAUUAGCGAAGCCGUGGACCUUAAUUUCUUUUCUUCAUCGUCUAAUUAUUCUGUGUGUGUGUGUGUGUGUGUGUUUCCCUCUCCAACAUAGGUUUUAAUUUCAGAAGUACGUUGGCUUAAGUUGUGUUUUUAAGCUCAGUUUUGAAUAUUUAACAACUUUUCGAAGCAUACUAGUGAAACCGAACCUUGAGUAUUAGCCAGACUUGACCGUGGUGUGUGCGCCAGUAUUGAACUGCUCUGUACCAAAUAAUUCAAUCAUACAAAAUAUUAGUUUACUUAAUUCCAGAUCUCUUUGCUUAAACUAUAUCUAUAUAUAUAUAUACCUUAUUUGUGUGUUGUUGUUUUUUCGUCUGGUUUAACAAAUGUUAUCGAGUGGAACAUUUGAACCGCGGUUGUCAUUUACUUUUUGAGUUUUCUUAAUUUGACAAAUUGAACUGAGGAGCCUUGGAUUUUGCACUUGGGUGGGUUUAGAGGACGGUCGGACAGGCCGCUCGCUCGUGAAGUGUUUGGAUUUUUCAGGUCCGUCAGAGGGAGAUGGUGUGUUUGAGAGUAUUGUGACGUGUGCGUGUGUGUGUGUGUGUGUGUGUGCGUGUGCUGCAACCAGAGGUGACGGUGCUUUGUCGUCCCCAGCUAGGGCGCGAGAGAAGAGGGAGGUUGUAGUUCCUGUCCUCCCCUAUAGGUUCACCUCUCCCUGUUCACUGGGCCGGCGGGUCAGAGCGGCGACCUCGCCACGCCGCGCUGACCUCAGCCAGAAUGUAGCGCAAAACGGUUUUUAAAGUAUAAAACAUGGCGGCUGGAGCCUCGAUCUGCCUUCAGUGGCCUCUGAUCAGCCUCAAGACAUCAAAUGCAGAGCGACCACUGCUCCUUGUUUCAUGUAUUCCAAUCAGUAUUGGACUACUGUUCUGGCCACGCCUGGUCGUCAUGGUGAUUGUGGACGUGGAGAUGAGAAAGGCUUCUUGACUCGUGCACCAGGACGUGACUUGUGAUUGGCUGUUCGGGGACAGAGUGGCGCUCGCUUCUUCGCUGGCUUAUCCGGGAUCAGCUCGCCACCGGAGGGGAAACUGCUCAUCUGACCUGAGGUCCGGUCGCAGGUGCAUUCUGGGAAGUCUGUGUUCGCCCGUCUGCUCGCGAUGAAACUAUCUGACGCGUCGUCACAAAUAAGACGUGUAACCGGCUCGAUGUCGCGCUGUCCGACCUGCUGCUCGCCUCACGCCUGAACACGUUAUCAUGCCAAAUCCAUGAGGGAGGGGGAGGGGGGAGGAAAGGGAUAGAUUUUUUGGGGGGGGGGCGGCGUGUGUGUGUCUAUUUAAAAAGCUGGACAAUGUUUAAUGCUUGAAAAAAAAAAAAAAAAAGUCAUCAGCAAAAAAGAUGACGUGAGGAAAAGCUUUGCAGUAAAUGAAAACCACCACGAGCAGCGCCCCCCCCCCCCCCCACACACACACACACACCAGUUAAACUCUACUUUUACAUGUUUCCAAUAAUGUGACGCUCUUUUUCCUCCACUUAACUGUCCUGUGAGCAGAUGCCAUAUUAUAUCAUAAACGGCUCCUGUCAAUCAAAGGCGCUGCGGCCAUUUUGCUCUGACGAAAGAAAAUAAACAAACACAAACUGUGAGACUGUCUUUUUGUCAUUUUACAUUUUGAAUGAAUACACACAAGCAACCUGAAAAGCUUUAGUCUAACCAGCACAAAGAGGGGGGUGGGGGGGUCGCUCAGACUAUGCAGUGGAGUGUUGAACCCGAGCUUCCGUGUCCAUCUUGGUUGUUUUUUGUUUUUAUUGCUCUUUCAAAAUAAAAACUUAAAAAAAAAAAAAUCUAUUCCAAAAAAGUUUCAAAAACAGUUUGGACGGGAUUCCCAAUAAUAUUCCUCAAACAAUGUCGUGCCAUUGUUUAAUCGUACUAAUAAUAAUAACGGAAAACAAACCUUUAUCACCUAGCAACCGUCGGGCCAGUUGUAGCAGGAGAGGACCGCUCGAGAUUUGCAAAGUCCAUUUUGUCAUUUUCACAGCUCGUCUCAACGAGCUGGGGGGGGGGCCGGAUGGGGGGCCGGUGAAAACUGCUAAUUUUACACAACUACAAUGUUUUUUUUAAUAGAUUCUAUCAAUACGCGGUGUGUAGUUGUAUCACCUGUAAACCUACUAUGCACAUUGCUUUGGGAGACUGUUGAAACUAUUCUAUACAUAUGUGUGUACAUAUACACACGUAUGUGUAUAUAUAUGAGAAUAUAAACGUACAGUGUCUAUAAUCAACGGGAAGGACGUCUUCCUCACUUACAAACAAAACAGGAAGUACCUUUUUAUUUUCAAAUGUCUUCCUCGGGUCAUCAAAAGGAUUUUAUCUUUAACUUCAGCGGAAACUGCACUUUUUGAAGGACAAUCUUUAUUUGUAUGGGUAUAAAAAUUGACAAAAACGAAGUCGCCUGAUAUUACAAGGUAUAGAAAACCAACUCCAGUGUGCUCUAAUGAAUGUCUCCUCUGAUGCUGUCUGUUCGUUUGGUUUCAUUUAAUCCUUUUUAUUCUUUGUUACUUGGUUUGUUCUGUAUUUUUUUCUCUGGAUUUUAGUGCUCUUAAGAGGAUCUGUAUUAAGGUGUAGAGUAGUAAGUAGUAAGUCUUCUGUUGGCUGUACUCGUAUACUGAUUACUGUUUGUAACCCUCGGGCUCCUGCAGCCGUCAUACAAAGCUGUAAAACUUACAACCCUCAAUAAAAGACUAACAACGA